AUGGAGGACGUCUGGGUAGAGCUACAAGCCCCGCGUUUCGUAGUGCACGGACAUACGGCGACGCUAAAAUGUGAUCACAAUGUUGACCCUGAAACUCUAUACAAGGUAGUGUUUUUCAAGAAUGGUCAACGAAUAAUGCAGUACGUGCAAGGUCGAGAUCCGCCCUUCGAAUUAUUUAAUUUUACUGGAGCUUACAUAAAUCUUAUACAAAUGGAUUCAACAUCAAUAACAUUGGAUAGAAUGGAUUUCCCUGCAUCCGGCACUUAUGCGUGCGAAAUCGCGCUUGAAAUACCUCUAUAUUCAAAGGCUUCGAAAUUACAAGAAGUAAACGUUAUAGUUCGGCAAAAACACCGUCCAAAAAUAAAAGUGAAGCAUAAAAACAAGAAAUUCUUAUCCCAGGAUAAUCUAGAAGCGAGUUGUCAAAGUGCACCGGCGUACCCCGCGCCUCACCUUACAUGGCUUAUUAACUAUGAAAAGGUGGACGAAAGGUUAACCAUUCCACAUGGGACAGUACUUUCUAACCGCCACCAUCACGGAAUGCCACUUUCACACACAAACUCUUCCUUAAUACUCCCCCUCAAUGAUCUGCAGUUGUUAUCGAACGAAGCUAUCGUCAUUACCUGCCUGAGUACCAUACCGAGUUAUGCUUACCUUGAUGAAGGGUUCGCAGAUAUACAAAAUCAUACAAUUACUGUCAACGUGGUUCGUAUGGAACCGACGCCUACUCAAUUACCAGUUAAGAUAGUAAGUCCAAACACGAGUCGAUCUAGUCAUAUAUUUAGUAUAACAAUACCUAUAGUAUCUCAAUGUUUUGCUUGGGAUAAAAUAAUGUUUCUAAUACUUAUGGCAAUGGUGGUGAUGGCAGGAGCUAAUAGACACGGUGAUCCAGCUGCAGAACAAUUAGAAGUAUUUCGAAAGAAACAUCCGGUUCCUGUCGGUAUAGUGACUACGAGAGCAGGCAGACCAAUUCCAUACUCUGAAGCAUCUGGCACGUUAGACUUGAGAUUAUUUUACAAUGAUUAUCUGAUGGAAUCCUUGACUUCCUUGAACCGAGAACGAAUUCCCGUGCGUGUAGUUCACACAAAAGCUGGAGGAGCUUUUGGAUACUUCGAAGUAACUAAUGACAUAUCUAGCAUUACUAAAGCUUGUCUAUUCAGUAAAGUUGGGAAGAGAACACCUGUCGCAGCGAGAUUCUCGCCUCUCGUCGCCGAUAAAGGAGGCAGUGAUUUGUCUCGUGAUGUGCGAGGUUUUGCCUUAAAAUUUUACACGGAGGAAGGAAAUUAUGAUUUAGUGGGAUUAAAUCAACCUGUUUUUGGUGUUAAAGAUCCACGACUUUUUACUACGCUUGUCCAUUCUCAAAAAGGAAAUCCAGCUACUAAUAUUAACAACGCAAACGCAUUUUGGGAUUUUCUAACUUUACAACCAGAAACCUUCAACUUAUAUUUACGCUUAUUCACUGAUACAGGAAUUCCAAACGGCUACCGUCAUAUGCCCGGAUUCGGUAUUCAUACAUUUCAAGUAGAAAAUAGUGUAGGUGAUAUUUACUUUAUAAGAUAUCAUCUUAUACCAGACGCAGGUCUUAAGAAUUUUACUGCUCAUGAAGCAAGAGAAGUCGGAGCAGAUGACCCUGAUUACAAUACAAGAGAUCUAUAUAACUCUAUUGAAAAUGGUAUUUUUCCUACUUGGACGGUUUAUUUACAGAUUCUAACAAUGGAACAGUUGGAGGAGGCUGGUCCGAGUCGUAUUUGUGAUGUUACCAGAACUCUUCCUAUAAGUAAAUAUCCAUUAACUAAAGUAGGAAUAUUAGUUUUAAAUAGAAACCCGCUAAAUUAUUUCGCCGAAAUAGAACAAUUGGGCUUCAUGCCUAGUAAUUUAAUCCCAGGAAUAACAGGAGCACCAGAUAACCUCUAUCAAGCACGAAUCUUGGCUUACCGAGAUGCUCUCAAUUAUCGCUUAGGCGUUAAUUUCAAUAAAAUUAAAGUAAAUUGCCCUUUGAGCCACACUUUUAUUUACGACAGAGAUGGCAUACCAUACGUUGAAAAUAACGAGAAUGAUAUUCCCAAUUAUUAUCCGAACUCCUUUAAUGGUCCAAUACCAUAUAAUGACAAGAACAAUAAAGAUAAACCUGUCAUUUCAAUAAUAGAAACUGAACCAAACAACUUUGAUCAAAUGACAGAUUAUUAUGUGAACGAAUUAACAAGCGAGCAAAGAAACAGAUUAAUUGAAAACCUAAUAAUUGCUAUAAAAUCAAUAUCAUGGUUUAUUCAAGAAAGGGCGCAAAAAAUUUUUACUGACAUACAUCCAGACCUCGGCGAAAGAAUUUCACGUGGCCUUGUAAGGUUAAGUUAUAAAUUAAAUUGGAUGACUAGACAUACUAUUAGU